AUGUCGAGCCCUGUAUGUGCUCAUAAGUACGAGCUCGCUCGUCUGGCAAGUCUCAAUUUUCAAAUCUCCCAACUCGUCUACCUAAUCUCCAUAUUCUCAACAUUUAUCUCCUCCUACUACGCCUAUAAAAUAGUUCACAGGAAAUCGAUUUUCCAAAAUUCCACGAAACUUUUGUUAUUUCAAAAUUUGUUCUCUGCGAACCUCCAUCAGAUAUUUUAUGGGCUCGCCGCAAUCGAUCGGUUAUACAAGGCUUAUCUCCAGGAUUCCUGCAUCCCCCUUAGAGCUGAAACGGAUUGUGUUUGGUUUUUGGAGUGUCUAGUCGCAGGGAUCAGUGGUAUGAUCUACGGACAGACUGGGUUACUUGUCGAGAGAGCCUGCGCCACUUUUAUGAAGGAUUAUGAGAAGAAAAAGAGUUUAACAACUGGAGCAUUAAUUGCUUUUUUGGUUUUGGUACUAAGUUUUGGCACUGUACGAAUUAUUGUGUGGGAUGACCCGCUGAAUGGAUUUGCUUUAUCGUGUAACGCGUUCCCGAAAGGGAGUGCGGAGAGGUCGAGCACUUUUUUCAGUGUUUGUACGUGUAUAUCGUUAUUCAACUUGCUGAUGUCAGUGUUGCUUAGGAAGUAUAACAAGAAGUUUGAGUAUAGUACCCCAUUUGUUGUGGGACCUCGAUUCCGAAAACGCGAAGUGCUGGACUCCACCGAAACCAUAUGCUUCCUGACACUCUGCCAAUUCAUCUUCAUGUUUAUCUACUCGUUCGGAAUCUAUAUGCUUAAAACCUUCCGCACCAGUCUUACCUAUGAGCAAUACUAUUUUUGGGUCGUUUGGUUGUAUACCAUCCCAUUCACCGCCGCGUUGUUCCCAAUUCUUCUGAUCUACCGUAUUCGUUGGUCGCAUUUCAGUCGAGUCAUGAUUAUCAAGAAGUUUACGAAUACUAAGCAAACACAGGAGGAUCAUAUCAAGCAGAUGAAGAAUGUGUGGAAUUGA